AUGAAGUCCGCGCCCAUCAUCCUUGCCACUGCCGCCGCCCUGGCUUCGGCCCAAGACACCACCGGCUUCUACUCCAUUCUGCCUAUUUCUGUCAGCGACAGCCCAUCCGGCGUCCUCAGCAGUCUCUCAAACAUUCUGAGCUCGGCCACGGCGACAUCAGGCUCAGAUACCACCACGAAUCUCAUCAGCUCCAUCACCGCGCCCACCUCGGUCCCAGGAACCACUCUCUCCUCCGUCACCUCCUCCGGCCUCCUUGGAAGCACCACUUCCGCCGAGUCAUCGUCCGAGGACUCGUCUGCCAGCGGGACAGACGCAUCGCAAACCUCCGGCAGCACCCAGAGCAGCACGGAGAGCGCACAGCCCUCGACUACGAGCGGCGAUGGCGGCAGCGGUGCCACCAAGCCCCUCAUCGGCGCUGGUUUGGCUGUCGCCGCCGCUAUGCUCGCCCUGUAA